GAAGGGUAGGGAGGAUCGCUGUAAAAUCAGAACAGUCAUCAAGCAAGGAGGAAGUAACCAUGGGAGACUUGGCCUUCGCCUCUGAGGAGAAAGAUAAGCGUCUUCAAGACUUUUCCUUUUUCCAAAACAAAAGAAUAGAGGAUGAGGAGGAAAUGAUUGCUGGGUUCAUCACAGCCAGGGCUCAGGAAUUAGUAUCAUUUAGGGAUGUUGCCAUAUACUUCACCCAGGAAGAGUGGAGCUAUCUUCAUUCAACUCAGAAGCAUCUGUAUUGGAAUGUGAUGCUGGAGAACUAUGAGAACUUCAUCUCACUGGGGCUUCCCGUUUCUAAAUUGGACAUGCUUUCCUUGUUGAAGAGAGAAAAGUCUUCAUGGAAACCAGGAGAAGACAAUCUACAAGCUUCUUGUCCAGAUUCCUUUAGUGAGAUCUGGUUUGAAACCCUGGAUUCAAGUCCAAUACAAGACACUGGAAGCCUUUUCUUAGAUGAUACUCCUACAUCAAACAGUAGUCUCUGGCUAUCCAAGAAGAGAGAAGAUGGAAGAUGUGAUGUCAGUUCAGAGGAAGGAAAGAUGAUCAGGGAGACAUCAUCCAGACAAUUAAUAAAUACUUACAGAACAUCUUUUAAGAAAGAGAGUAUAUCUCAGUGUAAUACAUUUGGGAGGCAUUUUCUUUUGGGAUCAGUCUUUGAUGCACUAUGGAAAGAAACUGUAUGGGGAAAUAUCCAAAAAUAUAUGGCACUUGAAAAGAGCUUUAGGGAUUUUUCAGACCUUAUUCCAAGUAAUAUAGUUUCCUUAGGGAAGAACUUUUCUAAAUAUGAAAAAUGGAAAAAACCCUUCAGUUACCACUCAAACUUAAUUAGAUUUCAUAGAACACAUGGGGAAGAACUGCAAGAACACAAUGAAUGUGGUGAAACCUUUUUCAGAAGAUCAAAUCAUGUUGGACAUCAGACAUUUCAUAUUGAGGAGAAACAUGACCAGUGCAAUAAAUAUUGGAGAAUCUUAAGCCACGGGGAAAGUUUGACUGAACAUAGGAGUACUUAUGUUGGAGUGAAACCUUUUCAAUGUAAUGAAUGUAGGAAAGCCUUCAAUCAGAGGGAACAACUCAUUUAUCAUCAAAGAACUCAUACUAGUGAGAAACCCUUUGAAUGUACUGAAUGUGGAAAGGCCUUCAACCGAAGGGCAAACCUUAUUAGACAUCAAAGAACUCAUACUGGAAUCAAACCCUUUGAAUGUAAUGAUUGUCAGAAAACCUUUAGCCAGAGAGGACAUCUCAUUUAUCAUCAAAGAAUUCAUACUGGAGAGAAACCCUUUGAAUGUAGGGAAUGUGGGAAAGCCUUCAGCAGGAGAGCUGCUCUUAUUACACAUCUGAGAACUCAUACUGGAGAGAGACCUUUUGCAUGUAAUGAAUGUGGGAAAGCCUUCAGUGAAAGAAGAGACCUUGUUACUCAUCAGAGGACUCAUACUGGAGAGAAACCCUUUGAAUGUAAUGAAUGUAGGAAAGCCUUCAGUCAAAGGGGACACCUCAUUUUUCAUCAAAGAAUUCAUACUGGAGAGAAACCCUUUGAAUGUAGCAAAUGUGGAAGAGAUUUCAGCCAGAAGGGACACCUUAUUAGACAUCAGAGAAUACAUACUGAAGUGAAACCUUUAGAAUGCAAUGACGGAGGGAAAACUUUUGAUGAGAGGACAGACCUCAUUUGUCAUUAGAAAAUUCAGACUUGGGAGGGGAUGCCUAAUUAAACACAAGAGAACUCAUAAGAAAUUGAAACCAAUUCUUUCACCAAGAAUUAAUGCCUAUUGAUUGGGAGAUAGGUAAAUAAAUUUUGGUAGCUAAAUAUGGAAUAUUAUUUUUUGUCAGAAACACUGAAUAUCAUCAAGUUCUUAAAUCAAAUUUAUGAGUAGAGGAAAAGUAUAAAUCUGCUACUCUGGGGGAUAUCUCUCCAGCAGACUCACAAGAAAAGGAUGUUAUGUUUUUAGGAGAAAAGGGGAAGGAGCUUACAGUAGAUAAUUUGCUAGCUGCUCUUGGCAAUCUCAACAAGAAAAACCACUUCAUUCUAGCUGUUUUGCCCUUCAUGCCAUGAAUUCCAUGGAAGGGGUAGGGACUACUUUGGGACUAGUCUGGCUCAAGCUGACUUUGUUUACAAGGCAAAGUCCCAGGGUAGAGACUUAGUGUGGCUCAGCUCAACUUAAUAGAAAUUAUCUUAAAGGUAGGAAUAUAAGGACAUUACUAGAAUUCUGGCAUUAUUAAGAUCAUUAAAAGGUAGUGGCAGUUAAUAUUGUAUUUGAUUUUAAUAAUUUUUUAUCAAUAUAAUUCAGAGAAAUUUGUAUGAACUUAUCAAAAUGAGAGGCAAUUAGGUGACAAAAUGGAUAGAAUACUGGUGCUGGAAUCAGGCAGCCUUCCAGCCUCAGACACUUACUAGCUAUGUGACCCUGGCCAAGUCACUUAACCUCUGCCUUAAUCCACUGGAGAAGGAAAUGGCAAACUCCUCAGUAUACUUGCCAUGAAAACCCCUGGGACAGUAUGAUCCACAAGAUCACAAGGAGUUGAAUGCAACAAUGAAUGAACAACAAAUGCAGAAUAAAGUGUUCAGAGCUAGAAAAAUAAUAUUCAUGAUUAGUACAACAUUGUAAAUGGAACAAACAGUGAAACAAAUGGAACAGUAAAACAGCAAAAAGCCCUAAAUACUGUGUAAUUAAAGUGACACCUUGACAGUUAAGAAUAUGUAUCUGCCUCACCACUUUUUCCAGAGAUAUGAAAUUAUAGAUAUGCAACACUAUUUUAAAAGAACAGGUAAUGCUAAAAGUCACUCCAUUAUCAUUCUUGACAGGAUUACUUGACUGGCAGAUCAAAGGGAAUAUCAUACAGGAUUUAUCUAGGUUUUAGCUAAGCAUUUUAUAUGUCCUGCUAAUUUUAUGGAAAACAGAUGUUUUAAACAUCAGUAUAGUUAAAAUGGAUCAGACAUGGAGUCAAGAGGACCCCAGUUCAAAUUUGGCUUCAGACACUUAUUAGCUGUGUGACCCUGAGCAAGUUGCUUAACCCUAUUUGACUCAGUUUCCUCACCUAUAAAAUAAACUGGAAAAGGAAAGGACAAACAGUUCCACUAUCUUUGCCAAGAAAAUCCCAAAUGGAGUUACAAAGAGGCAAAACUGAAAACAAAUGAACAACAAAAUAUAUAUGGAAGCUCUAGAUGUAUAGAGAAGUACCCUGUAGAGAGAUGUGUAGAUAUGAUCUGAUGUCUGGUAUAUCAACAGUGCUGUAGUCCAGCACAAUAGCUAAAUGUAGGAGCAAGUAAACCCUAGAGCAUCACAAAGCUUUUGUUCAGGUACAGCUCUUUUAUCCAGUUGUAAAAGUUUCCAGAAAGGACUUUAUCUGCCUCUUUAAAUAUUGAGUUUGUGAGUAAGUGAUUCAGAGCAAUUAGUUGCUGUGUCUUGUAGGAAGAAAGGUUAUCCUUCAAGUUUAUCUGACCAGUUUGACUCCUUUCCAUGAAAUGUUAUUAACAGAAAGAUGAUUAUAAGUAAGGAAUAGAAAAAUCACAUUUACAGAAGCAAAUUGAAAUUGAAAAAUGUAUACAGGCUAGAAUAUAUCAGAAAAUGAAGAAUUGAUGUAUUUCUUGACUUAGGUAAUUUGCUUUCAUUGGGAAAGAGGCCCAGAUCUCACCAAAGGAAAAGUUCCCCAAAGUUUUUAGGGAUAGUAGCUAGAAAUUAAGGAUGUAAUUUUGCAGUCAGUCCUAAGAGUCUGGUAUCACCUGCGCUUCUAAAAAAGUUUUGAGUAAAAUCCUUCUGCCAUAUAUGGCAACUUGUUAAGAGUGUGUGUGUACGUGCAAGCGCUCUCCACCUAUCCAGCUUUGAAAAAAGAAAGAACAAAUAAUGGUCAAACAAAACAAAUCUCCGCCCCCCUUGACCAUAUCAAAACAUAUGACUCAUUCUGCUCCCUGAAUCCAACACCUCUGUCUAGAAAAGAGUUGAUCAGAAUUCUUUACUUUUCAAAAGUAGUUUGUCUUUACAAUAUUGUUAUCAUAUAAGUUGUUCAACCUGGUCCUAUUUAUUUCACUCUGAAUCAGUUCAUACAAAUCUUUCCAGGUUUCUCUGAAAUCAUCCCUUUCACCAUUUCUUAGGCACAAUUCAAUCACAUGUAUAAUAUGUUCAGCCAUUCCCCCAAAUGACCAUCACUACUAAAAAAGCUAUCAGUAUUUUUGUAUAUAUGGGUCCUUUCCCCCUUUGGUCUUUUGGGGUAAAAAUGUUUAGUAGUGUUUGCAUUCUUUCCAAAAAUUAGGAGAGUUUCACUCACUAGCUAGAAUUGACAUUCUUAAAAGUAACAUAUAAAUUGUAUUCCUCUAGUAGAGGUAAGAUGUUUCUAUUUUGUUCCUUGAAUGCCAGCACUAACCACAAUGCUUAUGACAUUUCAGCCCUUUAAUAAAUGGAGAGGAGACAGCUAGGUAGAACACAGUAGAUAGAGCACCAACCCUGAACUCAGGAGACCUGAGUUUAAAUCUGGUCUCAGACAUUUAACACUUCCUAGCUGUGUGGCAAGUCACUAAAACUCAAAUAAAUAAAAUAAAAAUUGGGUAAAUUUUGUUAAUCUGAUUAAGCUGUUAACCUGAAGGAAUCUCAUACUAAAUAAUUCUGAUACUAAAUGCUAUAAUUCUGAUACUCAGUAAAAAAUUUUUUAAAACAACCCUUUAAAUAUAACUAAUGUAGGAAAACUUUUAAUUCCAACUCCUUGAGAAGCACUACUGAAUUGAUGUGGAAAAUAAGUACCAGAUAUAUUGACUAUGUUAUGACCUCAAGGUUGUUAAGUCUAUAUCACAGGCUUUGUGCUAGAGAUGAAUGUGUUGAUUGAUACCCAUGGUUAAACACCUACUCUAUGCCACCCGUUGUGCUAGACACAGGAUUCAAAGGGAAAAAAAAAAAAAAAGAACCCAUACUUAUUCUAAAAGAACUUAUAUCCUGUCAGAGGAGACCACAAGUACAAAUAUAAUGAUGCACAGAGUAACAAAUUCAUACAAAAUGUCUUGAUAGAAAGGGCACUAGCAGAUGGAAGGAAAGAAGUAAGGAAACAAGUAUUUACUAUGUUCCAGGCAUUGUACUAAGUACUUGACAGCAACUCAUUUCAUCUUCACAACAACCCUGGGAGGCAGGUGUUAUUGUUUCUGUUUUACUGUUGAGGAAAUUGAGGCAGAGACUAAAUGAUUUGCCCAGGAUCAUAUGUUUAGUAUCAGAGGCUUAAUCUGAACUCAAGUCCUCCUUACUCUAGACCCAAAACUCUACUACAAAACCUAGAAAACGGAAAUAAGGAGAUUCAGUGAAAUAACAAGUGAGAAACAAGUCUGUUUUUCUGUGUCUUUUUCUUCAGUUUCACUUGUGGACAAUAAAUGUCCAUCAAAUCCCAUCAAGAAUGGGAUAUGACCAGUGCAAGAUCUUAGAAAUAGGAGAUGCUAUCAGAGAUACUGUCAGAGAGGAUGAUAGUUCAGCUAGGUUGAAAAAUCUAGAGAGCAGUAAUGUAUGAUGAAUCUGGAAAGAUGGAUUGGGGUCAGAUUUCUAAAGGUUUUAUUACUUAUGUUAUCUAAAUCUGUUUUAAACAGUACCAAAUCACUUCAAUGACCAUAGCUUUAUAGUACACUUUGAGAUCUGGUUUUAUCGCCCUUCUUCCCUCUUUUUUUUUUUUUAAAUUACCUCCAAGGUUCUUUAUUUUUUGUUCCUGUAUAUAGAUUUCAUUAUUUUUCUAGGUGUGUGAAAUAUUUAGUACCUUACCGAACUUCUUUAAAAAAAAAAAAAAAAAAAAAAAAAAGUUACUCACAUGGCAUUCUCAUUUUUUUUUUUUAAAUAUUGGCUCAACAUACCCUUGGAGCAAUUAACUUUCCCCCUAGUUAUUUAAAUCUAUCUUUUUUUUCCUGCAAAGAAUAUUUUAUAGUUGCAUUUAAUGUAACAUUGCAUGUUAUUAUACUACCAAGUAUAUUAUAGCUUUGUGGCUAUUUUGAAUAAAAUUCUUCUAUAUAGCUCUUCUUCAGAGAGUCAUCUAAUAUCAUAGAUUUUAUAUAACAUUCAUUUUUUGAGUUCCAAAUUCUCUCCUUCCCUUUUGAGAAGCCAAAUAUUAAGAAGGCAAGCACUAUGAUAUCCACUAUACAUGUGAAGAUAUGCAAAAUGUUUUAAAGACAAAAGAGGGAGGAAAUAUGUAAGUGAUUAAUACAUGAAAAACUGAAAAUGUAAUACAAUGGACAUCACUUAAAAGGAUAGGUUUGGGAGUUUCUUCUUAUCUUCUUUUGAGCCAUGCUUAUUCCUUAUUAUUUUGCAACAUUUAAUUUUGAUUCAAGGGAGGAAUGUUCUCUCAAUUUACAUAGAUAUAGUCAUUGUGAAUAUUGUUUCUUGAUCCUGCUAAUUUCACUCUGCAUUGGUUCAUGUAGAUCCUUCCAUGCUCCCCUAUUCAUAGCAUUCAUAAUUUCUUCUAGGAUAGUCAUAUGCCAUUACAUUCAUGCACCACAAAUUGUUUAGUCCUUGUCCAAAUAGAUGAGCAUCUAUUUGUUUUUUAUUCCUCCAUGUUGCAAAAAACAUAUAAUUAUAGUAAGGAUAAGCUCUGAUAAAAAUAAUGAAAUUAUGCGUUAAGCACUGUGCUAAGGUAAGAAUACAUAGAAAAAAAACAUGAAACAAACCAAUGAUUUCAAGUUCACUGUCUAAUAGAAAGACAACAUGUAUAUCACUAUACACAUAUAAGAUAUCAACAGUGAAAAUGGGAGAUAAUCUCAGAGGAAAGGCACAAUUUAAGCCAAGCCGUGAAAGAAGCCAAGGGGCAGAAGUGAGGAGGGAGAGAUUUCCAGACGUGGGGGUGACCAGUGAAAAGGCACCAAUGACUUGUUCAUGAUGAGGAACUGCUGGCUCUUUCUGAUCACUAUUUCCUUUUCUAGAUUUUCAAAUUGUCUUUUUAGCAAUGCAUUCUGGGAUUCCACUGCUUCCAUUGUUAAAACCAGAAUAGCAUUUGAAUAUCUUGAUGUCCAGCAGCACGUCUCCCAUUUUCCAAGACUCAUCAUCUCUGGUAGAGGCAUAAGAAUCCCAUCUGUUAAGUAUCCAUUUUCUCAAAGAUAGGUGACUUGAACUCACUGAGAGCAGCUAGGAUCUAUUGAUUUCAGAUGCUGUGUGCCUAUCUCCUGUUAUUCAGUCAACUAGCAUUUAUUAAGUGCCUACUAUAUAGCCUCCAUGCUUAGCAUAGUGCUUGGAUUUCAGCUUAACACCAAAGAAAGCCAGGAAGUAGAGAUGAGGGAAAAUGUCCAAGUUAUGGAAAAGAGCCAAAGAAAACAUCAAAAGCUCUUUUCCAUAUGCUCUCUCCAGCUACUUCCAGGAUGGAGAUCUCAGUUCAUCCAUAAUGUAGGUGCCAUGAACAGAAAUGGUGAGAGGGGAAGAACUUCCUCCCUUGCUCCAAGAAACGAGUCUGUUUUUCUGUGUCUUUUUCUUCAGUUUCAGUUGUGGACAGUAAAUGCCCAUCAAAUCUGGGAGUCUGAGCCACAGCAAUUACAGAGACAAGACUGUAGGCAGAAUUUGCAGCAGGCCAGCCUGAAAGAGAAGCAUAGAGAAGCCAGAAUGCCUGGGAAUCAAGCCUAAAGUUGAUUUGAACUUUUAAUUAAGAUUGUGUAUGCUAUAGGAAUUGAUAUAAGCUUUGAACCUUAUCUCCUUUCUCUCCCCCAGAAACUGAACCUAUGGGGAGCUGGGGAUAAUGCCUUUCACAUGUUAGUGGACUGAAAUUUUGUAUUUGUGAUUAUACCUCUGAAGAAGUUAUUUCUUUGUCAAAGGUUAAAAGGUACUUGGAGGGAAGAAGGGAAAGAAGGAUGUUCAUAACCAAAUUCACUAUCUCUGAGAGGUCUAAAAAGACUGAUUGGAAAGGUGGGAAAAGACCAAGUUAUGAAGGAAUCUAUCAUUGGCUCCGAUUGAAAACAAAUUUAAAAAUGACUAGUAUUAUCUUUGAUCAUGAGCACAGGGAAUGUAUCCAUUUAGAUUUGUUCCUGCUCCCUCCCUCCAUGGACCCCUUUAUAGACACCUAAGAUCUAUAUUCUUGACCACUAGAUGUCACUGCGAGAUAAAGCAGGAAAAGGCUUGGCUACAAGGAAGAUGGAAGAUCUCUUCCCACAGAGAAGUCCUUGGACACUCCCAAAUAUAUAGUAAAUGAACCAAAUCCGGGAAGAACAGGUACACACAAUGGGACUGUCAGUACUGGGAAAAGAACAGGAACCAGUCAAAAUAAUGAUAUGAAAUGUUAACAGAUAAUGCUAUCCUUGCAUUACUGCCUUUCCCAUGUGAAAGAGCAAGUUUUCUCUGUGAUAUAAAGAUCUUACUUGUUUGAAUAAACUAUUAAGUCUAAUAUUGCAUCUUGACUCCCCUA